GCAAUCAACACACCCGACCCAAUUGGGCUGCCGACUCGACGCGUGCGGUGCCUCCUAUCAGCGGCUGCCAGCCGGGGCCCCUUCCGCGAGCCGGUGUGGCCGGAUCCUGGUGGUUGGAGGGAGAGUUGUAACACCAACAACAACAUCACCACCACCAACAACACCACCAACACCACGGGCACUGCGAGCGCCCGAGCGAUCCGGUGAGCAGUGGCCAGCACCGCCCCGGCCAGCCACGCGCGCUCACCACGUGGAUGUAUUUAUAGAGGCCUCCUCGCUGCCUCGUGGCGCACAGAGAGCUCGAGAGAGGGAGGGAGACCUCCAGGGUUGCCUCCACGUGCUGCACCACCACCACCCUCCACGGUCUGCCGCGUGCCGCUACUCCACCGCGCCGUCGAAGAUCGUGCCGCCACCACUACCGCCACCACCACCGCCGCCAUGCAGGGCUCGCUGUUCCGCAGCGAGGAGAUGUGCCUGGCGCAGCUCUACCUGCAGUACGAGUCGGCCUACUGCUGCAUCAGCGAGCUGGGAGAGCUGGGCCUCGUCCAGUUCCGAGAUCUCAACGGCAGAGUCAACGCCUUUCAGCGCAAGUUUGUGAACGAGGUGAAGCGCUGCGAGGAGCUCGAGAGAAUCCUGCGUUUCCUGGACAAGCAGAUGUCUGACGCGGGCGUGAAGGUGGUGCCCGAUGACCAGGACCAAGAAGCCCCUCUACCCAAGGUCAUGAUUGACUUGGAGGCGACGUUCGAGCGCCUGGAGACGGAGCUCAAGGAGAUCGGCACCAACAAGGUGACGCUGCGCCGGAACUUCCUGGAGCUCACCGAGCUGCGGCACAUGCUUCACCACACGGAGCCGUACUUCGCUUCGGGGGAGUCGAGGGACUUCCUGUCGGGCGACACGCUGAUGCUCAUCGACCCGGCCAACGCCAACGCCGCCGCCGCCGCAGCCUCCGCCCCGGGACUCAAACUCGGCUCGGUGGCGGGCGUCAUCAACCGCGAGCGGCUGCCGCCGUUUGAGCGAAUGCUGUGGCGCGUUUGCCGGGGAAACGUCUUCCUGCGCCACUCGGAGAUCGAGCAGGAGCUGGAGGACCCCGUCUCGGGUGACCCUCUCAAGAAAGAUGUCUUCAUCGUGUUUUUCCAAGGAGAUCAGCUGAAGAGCAAGGUCCAGAAGAUCUGCGAGGGGUUCCGUGCCACCGUCUACCCCUGCCCGGAGUCCCCGAGGGAGCGCAGGGAGACGAUGGAGGGCGUGACCACGCGUCUCGAGGACAUCCAGACGGUGCUGGGCGAGACGGAGGAGCACCAGCGGCGGGCGCUGUCCAACGCGGCGCUCAGCUCGGCCGCCUGGUCCGUCAGGGUGCGCAAGAUGAAGGCCAUCUACCACGCGCUCAACCUGUGCAACGUGGACGUCACGCAGAAGUGCCUCAUCGCCGAGAUGUGGUGCCCCGUGGAGGACAUGGACUCCAUCCAGCGCGCCCUCCUCCGCGGCACGCUCAAGAGCGACUCCACGGUGCCGCCCAUCCUCAACCGCAUGUUCACCACGCUGGCGCCGCCCACCUUCAACCGCACCAACAAGUUCACGUCGGGCUUCCAGAACAUCGUGGACGCGUACGGCGUGGGGAAAUACCGCGAGAUGAACCCCACCCCGUACACGAUCGUCACCUUCCCGUUCCUCUUCGCGGUCAUGUUCGGCGACUGGGGCCACGGCUUGGUGAUGCUCUGCUUCGCCGUGUGGAUGGUGCUCAAGGAGAGGGAGCUCCUGGCCAGCAAGAGCGACAACGAGAUCUGGAACACGUUCUUCGGCGGGCGCUACAUCAUCCUGCUCAUGGCCAUGUUCUCCAUCUACACGGGCUUCAUCUACAACGACUGCUUCUCCAAGUCGGUCAACAUCUUCGGCUCGUCGUGGCACGUGCGCGCCAUGUUCCAGCAGGGCGUGUGGAGCGCUUCGAUGCUGGAGCUCAGCCCGCUGCUGCAGCUGGACCCCAACGUGACGGGGGUCUUCUCGGGGAAUCCCUACCCCUUCGGCAUCGACCCCAUUUGGAACAUAGCGGGAAACAAGCUGACCUUUCUCAACUCGUACAAGAUGAAGAUGUCCGUCACCGUGGGCAUCAUCCACAUGAUCUUCGGGGUCAUCUUGGGCAUAUUCAACCACACGUACUUCCACGAGCCGGAGAGCAUCUUCCUGGAGUUCAUCCCUCAGCUGAUCUUCAUCCUGUGCCUCUUCGGCUACCUCGUCGUUAUGAUCAUCUACAAGUGGGUCAUGUACACGGCCGCCACCUCCUGGCACGCGCCCAGCAUCCUCAUCCACUUCAUCAACAUGUUCCUCUUCAACUACAGCGACAAGACCAACGCGCCGCUCUACAGCUUCCAGCAAGACCUGCAGACCUUCCUGGUGAUCUUCGCCCUCAUCGCCGUGCCCUGGAUGCUCUUCUUCAAGCCGUUCGUUCUGCGCUCCAAGCACCGCCGCGCGCAGCGCCUGCUCCAGAACUCGUACGUCAACGGCGGCUCCACGGACGACGCGGAGGUCGCGAGGGAGCCGCCGCCCGAGCCGGCGGAUCACGGCGGCGGAGCUCACGGUGACCACGGAGAUCACGGAGAGUUUGACUUUGGUGACGUGUUUGUGCACCAAGCCAUCCACACCAUCGAGUACUGCCUGGGCUGCAUCUCCAACACGGCCUCCUACCUGCGCCUCUGGGCCCUCAGCCUGGCCCACGCCCAGCUGUCCGAGGUGCUGUGGACCAUGGUGCUCAAGAUGAGCCUCAAGAACGGGGAGUGGUCUGGCCUCGUCAUCGUCUUCUUCAUCUUCGCCGCCUUUGCCGUCCUCACGGUGGCCAUCUUGCUCGUGAUGGAGGGCCUCUCGGCCUUCCUGCACGCACUGCGCCUGCACUGGGUGGAGUUCCAGAACAAGUUCUACCACGGCACGGGCGUCAAGUUCACGCCGUACUCCUUCGAGAGCAUGCUGCAGGAUGGCGGCGGGGACUCGGAGAGCUAGGCCCGGUGGAGCUUCUGACGGGGCCUGUCGCGGGGCCUUCUACGCAGCGGCCUCCCUGCUGCGGCCCAACGGUCGCGCCACCCCCGGCGCUCCGCAGCAUCGCUGCGUUUCAAGGCCCCGUUCCGCGUAGGCC